UCAGGCCUCCGCCCAGUCUAUAAAAGGCACGAUGAAGAUGCCUCCCAUUUUAGUUCGUCUUGAAGUUUGAGGUGACUUGAUCAGGAUCUUCUUGGGCUCGACAGAACCUUCGAGCAGCUAGAAACCUGACUCAAACGGUGUAUUAUCAAAGUCUAAAGUGAACCCCUUUUCCAACUGAUCAUGUUUCUCUCGCACAAACUCUUCUGUCUGUUGGCGUUGUUGUUUCAUUUUGGCCAUAUCCAAUCCUCUCCAAUUGCCAAGCCUUAUGCAUCUAAUUUUGGUUACACCUUUGAUCCUGUUUCUUCUUCCUUCUCCGCCCCUGCCGUGACUGCCAGCCAGUUCCACGCUCAAGAUGAGUUUGGACAGUUCAAUUACGGUUACUCGAACCCUUUGGGGUCCAAAGUCGAAUCCAAAACUGCCGAUGGGGUGGUGCGAGGGGCUUACUCGUACAUUGAUGCCAAUGGGGAACUUCAAACAGUCCAAUACAUUUCUGAUGUCUUGGGAUUUCGGGCCUCUGGUACGAACAUCCCCGUGGGCCCUGAGGUGUCUGUCGCCCCAGUUCCACAAGCUCAAUCCAUCGGGUACACUCAACAAACAGUUCAGGCAGUUCCAAUCCAAGACUUGUUGAACGAGCGCCAAUCCCAGGCUUCAGCCUCAGCUUCAGUCAUGACCCCAUCAGUGGCCUACAGCUACUUGCCCUAUGCCACUAACUUCGGAUACGAAGCUCAACCUUACCCGCAACAAGCGGAACAGCCGCAACAAGCGGAACAGCCGCACCAACCCGACCAUCUUCCCCUUACAUCUGCUGAUCAGACCGUGAUUGUCCCGGCGGAAGUCCCAUAUGUGACCCAGUCCAGAUUCCACGCUCAAGAUGAGUUCGGUCGGUAUCACUUUGGCUAUUCGGACCCCAAUAGUGCUCGAUCUGAGAUCAAAAGCGUGGACGGAACGGUGACGGGCGUGUACAAUUACGUAGAUGACAGCGGCGAGGUUCAAACGGUCCAUUACAGCGCUGGCAAAGAUGGAUUCCAGGCCGUGGGAACCAAUAUUCCUCAAUCUCCACAAGUUGUGGUGGACACCCCCGAAGUGGCAGCGGCGAAAUUGGAACAUGCCAGACUUGUCAAUGAAAUUAGGGCCCGAGAUGAGGAGGGCUUGAGGAUUGAUGAGGCCAAUGCCCAAUUUCGACAAAGUGCUGCUGAGCCAUCACUUCCUAUUCAACCCAUUCUCGUGGAGGAUCCCGUUUUAGCUGCCUUGCCUGAGGUCGAGGCUCCCCUCAUAGAGUUGUCUGCUGCCAACAAUGUUCUGGCUUCUUCCACUCCGGUUGCCUCGGUUGCCUCGGUUGGCCCGGUGGCCUCUGCUGCUAAUGUUGUCGUUCCCGCCGUCGAGGCAGGAGGCUCGGGGGAUCCAAUUAUUGACGAACUUGUUGCCUCCUCAGUCUCAAGUCAAUUCCAUGCCCAAGAUGAGCAAGGCCAAUACAGCUACGGUUACGCCAAUAAAGACUCGUCAAAGGUUGAGCAAAAAACUGCGGACGGCGUGGUGAGAGGCGCUUACAAGUACAUCGAUGCCCACGGCGAGCUCCAAAGCGUGCAAUACAUCUCGGAUGCUUUCGGCUUUCGCGUAGCGGGAACCAACAUUCCGGUUUCCACUGACGGAGAGAUCAAUCCCGCUCAAGUGGCUGUGCCAAAAGCUUUGUCGCAAGGCACAUCGAUCAUAACCCCUCAAAUUUCCUACUCGUAUCUCCCCUAUGCCGUCAACUAUGAAUAUCUCCUACCGAGCGGUGCUUCCAGCCUUGAAGGUGAUGUUUUUUAUGCUGAUGAUGAAGUUGCAGAUCCAGUGGUGAUUCCCUCCGCUCCUCAGCCUCAAAUUGCGCCCUCCGUCUCAUCGAGCCAAUAUCAUGCUCAAGACGAGGCUGGAGGCUACAAUUACGGUUACUCGAACGGGCAAUCUUCCAAACAGGAAGCCAGGGGCCCUGAUGGCGUUGUUCGUGGUGCUUAUUCUUACAUUGAUGCCAAUGGCAAGCUUCAAAGGGUCCAAUACAUUUCAGACGCUUUGGGAUUCAGAGCGGCGGGAACCAAUUUCCCCCAAACAGAUGGCGAGUCGCCCAUGAUGGGGGCCAAGGUCAAAUACUCGUACCUGCCAUAUGCUGUAAACCAUGCCUACUAUUUUUAGAAUGUUUUUUUUCCAACCUUUUCAUCUUUCCCCGUUUUGUACGUUUGACUCGAUCUCUUUGAAUGUGUUCACCAAGGCUGAUAAUGGUUGCAUUUUGUAGUGCUUGCUCUCUUCAAUCUUCUGAGAUCGUGAGAAAUAAAGCUUGUCUUUGAACCUAA